UCCCCCCCCUUCUCUCUCUCUCCGAGGGGGGGGGUCCCGGGGAGGGAGGGGGGGUCCCCGGAUCAGCAUGUGGCUCCUGGCGCUGUGUCUGGUGGGGCUGGCGGGGGCUCAACGGGGGGGAGGGGGUCCCGGCGGCGGCGCCCCGGGCGGCCCGGGCCUGGGCCUCGGCAGCCUAGGGGAGGAGCGCUUCCCAGUGGUGAACACAGCCUACGGGCGAGUGCGCGGUGUGCGGCGCGAGCUCAACAACGAGAUCCUGGGCCCGGUCGUGCAGUUCUUGGGCGUGCCCUACGCCACGCCGCCCCUGGGCGCCCGCCGCUUCCAGCCGCCUGAGGCACCCGCCUCGUGGCCCGGCGUGCGCAACGCCACCACCCUGCCGCCCGCCUGCCCGCAGAACCUGCACGGGGCGCUGCCCGCCAUCAUGCUGCCUGUGUGGUUCACCGACAACUUGGAGGCAGCCGCCACCUAUGUGCAGAACCAGAGCGAGGACUGCCUGUACCUCAACCUCUACGUGCCCACCGAGGACGGUCCGCUCACAAAAAAACGUGACGAGGCGACGCUCAAUCCGCCAGACACAGAUAUCCGUGACUCUGGGAAGAAGCCUGUGAUGCUGUUUCUACACGGCGGCUCCUACAUGGAGGGCACCGGGAACAUGUUUGAUGGUUCAGUCCUGGCCGCCUAUGGCAACGUCAUCGUAGCCACACUCAACUACCGUCUUGGGGUGCUCGGUUUUCUCAGCACCGGGGACCAGGCUGCAAAAGGCAACUAUGGGCUCCUGGACCAAAUUCAGGCCCUGCGCUGGCUCAGUGAGAACAUCGCUCACUUUGGGGGUGACCCUGAGCGCAUCACCAUCUUCGGGUCUGGGGCAGGGGCCUCCUGUGUCAACCUUCUGAUCCUCUCCCACCAUUCGGAAGGACUGUUCCAGAAGGCCAUUGCCCAGAGUGGCACCGCCAUUUCGAGCUGGUCUGUCAACUACCAGCCACUCAAGUACACACGGCUGCUGGCAGCCAAGGUGGGCUGUGACCGGGAGGACAGUGCCGAAGCUGUGGAGUGUCUGCGCCGGAAGCCUUCCCGGGAGCUGGUGGACCAGGAUGUGCAGCCCGCCCGCUACCACAUCGCCUUCGGGCCCGUGGUGGACGGCGACGUAGUCCCUGAUGACCCUGAGAUCCUCAUGCAGCAAGGAGAAUUCCUUAACUACGACAUGCUUAUUGGCGUCAACCAGGGAGAGGGCCUCAAGUUCGUGGAAGACUCUGCAGAGAGUGAGGAUGGCGUGUCGGCCAGCGCGUUCGACUUCACCGUCUCCAACUUUGUGGACAACCUGUAUGGCUACCCGGAGGGCAAGGAUGUGCUGCGGGAGACCAUCAAGUUUAUGUACACGGACUGGGCCGACCGGGACAAUGGCGAGAUGCGGCGUAAAACCCUGCUGGCUCUCUUUACCGACCACCAGUGGGUGGCACCAGCUGUGGCCACCGCCAAGCUGCACGCCGACUACCAGUCCCCUGUCUACUUUUACACCUUCUACCACCACUGCCAGGCUGAGGGCCGGCCUGAGUGGGCAGAUGCAGCGCACGGAGAUGAGCUGCCCUAUGUCUUUGGUGUGCCCAUGGUGGGUGCCACCGACCUCUUCCCCUGCAACUUCUCCAAGAAUGACGUCAUGCUCAGUGCCGUAGUCAUGACCUACUGGACCAACUUCGCCAAGACUGGCGACCCUAACCAGCCAGUGCCGCAGGAUACCAAGUUCAUCCACACGAAGCCGAACCGCUUUGAGGAGGUGGUGUGGAGCAAGUUCAACAGCAAGGAGAAGCAGUACCUGCACAUUGGCUUGAAGCCGCGUGUGCGUGACAACUACCGUGCCAACAAGGUGGCCUUCUGGCUGGAGCUUGUGCCCCACCUGCACAACCUGCACACGGAGCUCUUCACCACCACCACGCGCCUGCCUCCCUAUGCCACACGCUGGCCACCUCGCCCACCCCCGGGCGCCCCUGGCACACGCCGGCCCCCACCGCCCGCCACCCUGCCGCCUGAGCCCGAGCCUGAGCCAGGCCCAAGGGCCUAUGACCGCUUCCCUGGGGACUCACGGGACUACUCCACGGAGCUUAGCGUCACUGUGGCCGUGGGCGCCUCCCUCCUUUUCCUCAACAUCCUGGCCUUUGCUGCCCUGUACUACAAGCGGGACCGGCGGCAGGAGCUGCGAUGCAGGCGGCUUAGCCCACCUGGUGGCUCAGGCUCAGGUGUGCCUGGUGGGGGCCCCCUGCUCCCCGCAGCUGGCCGAGAGCUGCCACCAGAGGAGGAGCUGGUGUCACUGCAGCUGAAGCGGGGUGGUGGCGUUGGGGCGGACCCUGCUGAGGCCCUGCGCCCUGCCUGCCCACCCGACUAUACCCUGGCCCUGCGCCGGGCACCGGAUGAUGUGCCUCUCUUGGCCCCCGGGGCCCUGACCCUGCUGCCCAGUGGCCUGGGGCCACCGCCACCCCCGCCGCCCCCCUCCCUCCAUCCCUUUGGGCCCUUCCCCCCACCUCCCCCCACUGCUACCAGCCACAACAACACGCUACCCCACCCCCACUCCACUACUCGGGUAUAGGGGGCGGCUUGGGGAGGCCCUCCUCCCCAACCCUCCCUGGCCCGGCCACUCUGAAGGCAGGGAGGAGGACUUGGCAACAGGCUUUUCUCCUGUGGAGUUGUCACACAUCAUCGAGCAGCAUCAAGGUGGACAUGGGAUUCCUCACUGGGAUGUGUGUUUUUCCCAUGCAGAGAGGCUCAUACUCUUCUCUGGACCUGGGCCUUUGAACAACUGGAGGGCGUUUUUUCCCCUCCAUUGGGACACCAGUCUUCGGUGUGUGGAAAUGUGGAAGUAUUUUCCCACGUGGAGGUGUGCUUUCUCACGAGGGGGUGUGUUUUCCCAUGUGCAGGGUGAGGUUUUUUUUGCCGCCCUGGACACAUGUUGGCCCCCUCAAAGAAUUUCUGCGGGGAUUUGUACCCCAGAAUCCUGUUCCCUCAUGCCUUCUCCCCCCUCCUUCCCCCUCCCUCCCCUGGAGACCCUGGAAGUGGUGUGUUCACAUACAGUGACCCUUGGCCACCAGAUGAUGGUACCUGGAAAGCAGCGAGGAAAUCACAGCCCCCCUCGUCCCUGCCCUGCCCCUUGCCCCAGCAAAGCAUGUCUUUCCCCCGUGGCACAAGUCAGAUGAAGCAUGUUCUCCCGGGAAGGCCCUCACCUUCCACAGAGGACAAACAGAUUUCCUGCCAGGGGGAAGGGAGGAGAUCCGUGCAUCCCAGUGCUCCCUGGAAACUUGUUUCCCCACGGUCCAGGACACAUUUCUGAGUGGAAACAUGUUCUUGCAUGUGGAUGUGUGUUUUCCCAAGCAGAGGGUCCCUCUCUCCCCAGCACUCCCCUGCCUCUCCCAGGCCUCAGGCCCAGCACUCAAUUCCUCCUCACAAAGCAGGCGGGAGCAGCCUCCAGAGGGAUGGGAGAUUGACAGAGCUGAGGGCAUGUACAAAUCCUGAGGGAGGGCUCAGCCCUCCCUGCCCCAGAGAUGCUGACCUGGGGGGCCGGACGGGGCACAUGCCACCUGCAGAGGCCGUGCAUGUUUGACCAAAGCCCUCCUCAGGAUCUGAGGACAGCCUUUCCCUCAGUCCUGAGGUCAUUGCUCAUCUGCGCCAAACUGGGUAGGUGGGAUUGAGGGGGAAAGACCCCCAAAAUGUGCCAAGGAUUCCCAAGUCCCAAGCCCGAGCAGGGGAAAUGGCAGGGAGUGGGUGCGGCAGCAAAGGGGGGUCCCACCUGUGUCUCUUUUCUCCUCACCAGGUCAUGUCCCCUCUCUGUCUCAAUUCCCCAUUCUCCAUCGCUGUCCCCAUCUCAGUGUCAGACCAGCCUUCUCCCCUCAGCUGACCCCCCCCCAAUUUUGACCUGUCUCCCCUUGGCUGAAGGGACGGGAAGGAGCAGUGGAGGCUGGAGGGGAGGCAGCGGGAGAAAGGCCUCACCAGACAGGCUGGGGAGAAUGAGGUCAGCUGUGCCGAGGAACAGAUGGAGGGGACGGGGCUUGGGCAGACACCAACAGGAGGAAUUUGAAAGGAAUAGUGUGAGGUGACUGUCCAGAGGUCCCUGGGUGUGAGGAAAAGAAUGAUGUCAGGAAGGGUUUUAAGGGACACCAGUGGAGGAGGGAUGAAUUCUCUGCUGGCAUGUUGUGGGAUGUCAGUGCCAAAUUUAGGGGUGGGGUGCUGUCUUCCACUGACACCCAAAUCCAGAAUCCCUGGUCUUGAGUCCCUAGAAACUUUGCCUCUUGACUGUCCCUUCUACCUCCAUCCAUGGAAACUUAGUUCUUUUCUGACCCUUUCCCCUGCCUGGUCUAGCUCCUCUCCAAACAGCCAUGCCCUCCAAAUGCUAGAGACCUGGGCCCUGAACCCUGUAGACAGAUGCCCCCAGAAUUGGGGCAUGGGAGGGGGGCUGGGGGACCCCAUGAUUCAGCCACGGACUCCAAUGCCCAGCCCUUCUCCCCAGAACAAUCCCCUGACAGUCCAUAUCCUUACCCCAACCCUUUGCGGCUCUGUACACAUUUUUAAACCUGGCAAAAGAUGAAGAGAAUAUUGUAAAUAUAAAAGUUUAACUGUU